CACUUUUAAUAAUUCCUUUUUUUAGCUUUAAAAUUCCCACUUUACUUCAUCUCCAUAGCUCCAACAUUGCUGCAUUUUCACUCAGUAAGUCCCUCUCUCUCUAUAGCUCAAGUCUCUUCAAGUUUCAGCUUUUUGUUUUUGUAUUUUGUCAGUUUAAUCUCUGUAAAGCUCAAAACUUUCAUGUCAAAGUUGUGAACUUUAAGCUGAAGUUCACUUGUACAACAUGAAACUCAACUGGGUUUUGCCUCUUUAUUUCUGCAAACUCUUCUUCUUGAUUUUGCUAUUUACACACCCAUCCGAGUCUCUUGACCUUAACCUGCAAGAGAAAGCUUCACUUUUGUUGUUUAGGUCACUGGUUCAAGACCCUAACCAGAGGUUAUCAUCUUGGGUUGGGUCUAACUGUACCAACUGGACUGGUGUCACUUGUGAUAGGCAGACCAGCCAUGUUGUGUCUUUAAACUUGAUUAAUAUGAACUUGUCAGGCCAAGUUCAUCGCAGUUUGUGUGAGCUUUUGUUUCUUGAAAAUUUGGCUUUGUCCGGUAAUAACUUGAGUGGUAGAAUCCCUUUAUGUUUUGAUGCAUUGAAUGGUCUCAAGACUCUUGAUCUUAGUCACAAUGGCUUUGUUGGUGUUUUGCCUGAUACUUUGAUGAGGCUUAGGAACUUGAAAGCACUUAUUUUGAGCGGUAAUAGAGGUUUGGGAGGAGUUUUCCCUUGGUGGAUUGGGAAUUUUUCGACAAAUUUGGAGAAACUUGAUAUGAGUUUUGAUUCAUUUAGAGGAGAAGUGCCUGAGAGCUUGUUUUACUUAAAGUCUUUGAAGUAUUUGGAUCUUGGAAACAAUUAUUUAGAGGGUGAUGUUCAUGAGUUUUAUCAGGGUUUGAGUUAUCUCAAUCUGGGGUCUAAUAGAUUUUCGGGUACUUUGCCUUGUUUCUCUGCUUCUGCAUCGUCGCUAACUCUUUUGAAAUUGGAUAAUAAUUCUAUUGUGGGUGGAAUUCCUACUUGUAUUGCUUCAUUGCAAGCUUUGACUCAUAUGAAUUUGUCAUUUAAUCAUUUGAGUUAUGGGAUUUCUCCGAGGCUUGUGUUUAUGGAGAAGCUUCUUGUGUUGGACUUGAGUUUCAAUGAUUUGUCGGGUCCGCUCCCGAGCAAAAUUGCUGAGACGACAGAGAAGUCAGGGCUUGUUCUUCUUGACCUUUCGCAUAAUCGGUUCUCAGGUGAAAUCCCCUUGAAGAUUACUGAGCUAAGAAGCUUACAAGCAUUGUUUCUUUCUCACAAUCUUCUCACUGGAGAAAUCCCUGCAAGGAUUGGAAACUUGACUUAUCUUCAAGUGAUUGAUCUCUCACACAAUAUGUUGUCAGGUUCAAUUCCAUUGAACAUUGUUGGGUGCUUCCAGCUGCUGGCAUUGAUAGUCAAUAACAAUAAUCUUUCGGGUCAAAUUCAGCAAGAGCUUGAUGCUCUGGAUAGUUUGAAGAUAUUGGAUAUAAGCAACAACAGGAUAUCUGGGGAGAUCCCACUAACUUUGGCAGGCUUGAAAUCGUUGGAGAUUGUAGAUUUCAGCUCGAACAAUCUCUCCGGAAGUUUGAGUGAUGCAAUAACCAAAUGGUCGAACCUCAAGUAUCUCUCCAUUGCGCGGAACAAACUCAGUGGAAAUCUUCCGAAUUGGUUAUUCUCAUUUGGAGCAAUUCAAAUGAUGGAUUUCUCUAAUAACAAAUUCACAGGCUACAUACCAGACGGUAACUUUAAUAUCAGCUUAAAUUUCAACAAUGGUGAUAUUACUAGAAGUUUGCCUGCAAAACCAUUUGUUUCCAUGAGAAGUAUGGCGAUCAACAUUUCUGUGGCUGUCAUUGAUACAAAUGUGUUAAACUUUAACUAUGAUCUAUGUUCAACAGUUGGUAUAGAUUUAUCCGAUAAUUUGCUUCAUGGGGUGAUUCCAGAUGGUCUAUUUGAGCUGCGAGGUCUCAAAUACCUGAACCUAUCAUACAAUUUUCUCAAUGGUCAGGUUCCAGGUCUUGAUAAGAUGUUAAGCUUGAGAGCUUUAGAUUUAUCACAUAAUUCUUUGACCGGUCAGAUUCCAGGAAACAUUUCCAGCCUUAAAGAUUUGACACUUCUGAACUUGUCGUAUAACAGUUUCUCCGGAUUUGUUCCUGAGAAACAAGGGUCUCGAAAAUUUCCAGGAGCAUUUGCUGGAAAUCCGGAUUUGUGCGUGGAGUCAGCCUCCAGUGAAGGGUGUGACCGGACAAGCCUUCCAACGGUGCCUGGAAAGUCGUUUAGAGAAGAAAUAGGCGAGGGACCGAUAUCUAUCUGGGUAUUCUGUUUAAGCUUUUUUGUUAGCUUCUAUCUUGGUGUUGUUACUCUCUUUUGUUCAGCUAGGACAAGAAAGUACAUUCUUCAGACAAAAAAUUGAUGUAGGGUUAAAUUGAGAACGAAAACUUUCCUAUUGUAUAUUCCCAAUUCUAUUUUCUCAUAAGCUUAGUUUGCUUUUCUAAGAUUAUUC